AUGGAGAAGGAAAAGAAAGCAGAACACGUUGUAUUCAGAGGCAUGAGAUUCAAAGAUUUGCUACAGGUCCAACAACUAAAUGUCAAAAACUCAACUGAAAACUUCUUAUUGGGAACGUUCCUGAAUUCCCUAUCGAUGUCUUAUACAACCUCUUUUGUUGCAGAGACGGAUGAAAAGGUGAUAGGAUACUCGGAGGCCGUCUUUUUCAAGAGUAAGAUGAAAGGGCACAUCUACUCCAUUUGUGUGGAUGCGCCCUUCAGAAGGAGUGGGAUUGGCAGAAGACUUGUUAAUCUUUCCAUAGAUGCCAUGAGAAUAGAGUCGCAAGGAAGAAGGUGUGAGAUUGAUCUUCAUGUACGGGCAUCGAAUGUUGGGGCAAUUAGUCUGUAUAGGUCUGCCGGAUUUGAGAUCAGGGAGGCCAAUAUUCCCUACUAUGAGGCCGGGGCAGCAGGACAUAGAAUGAGCUUAUGGCUGGAGUCAAGUACAUGA